AUGGGCAAGGACUCGUUCGCUCCCGGUGACGUUGGCAAGGGCGCCAACCUCUUCAAGACCCGCUGCGCGCAGUGCCACACCCUCGAGGCUGGCGGCGCCCACAAGGUCGGCCCCAACCUCCACGGCCUCUUCGGCCGCAAGUCGGGCCAGGCUGAGGGCUUCUCGUACACUGCCGCCAACGUCAACAAGGGUGUCGUGUGGGAGGAGCAGACUCUCUUCGAGUACCUCGAGAACCCCAAGAAGUACAUCCCCGGCACCAAGAUGGCGUUUGCUGGCCUCAAGAAGGGCAAGGACCGCAACGACCUCAUCACCUACAUGAAGAAGGAGUGCUAA